AUGAAGAGGAGCAACCAGCAGGAACAGGAUCAAGAUUUCAGAAAUGUAAAGGUUCGAGCCGAUUUAGAUAGCAAAUUGUACAAGAAUUAUUCAGGCUAUAAACCAUUAGAGCAAGAGACCGCUGUUGUCGAUACAAUUAAUUUACCAAGGACAGAUAAAGAAAUACAAAACUUUUUCAAUCAAUAUGUUACCGCUAGGAAGCCAUGUAAAAUUUUGGGGGUUUCACCUCAAAAUUUCCCCCGAGAUGAAUUGAAACCUGAUAAGGUUGUUAAUUACUUGCCAUCGGAUGAAAUAUUAACGGUGGAAACCAAGAAGGAUGGUGGGUUCGGUAGUGGUGCUAAAAGGGUCAAAAUGACUUUUGGUCAAUUCAUGUCCAAAUUAAAUCAAGAGGGUGAACACAGUUUGUACUUAACGACUCAGUAUUAUGAGGAUGAUCCAAAUGCGGUCGAUUCACAAACUGAAACUGAUGAAGAAGAGAAGGAUCAAAUUUUAUCCGAUGGCGAAGAUUCGGUGACUUUUCAGGACAUGCAUGAUGAUUUUGAUCAAUUGGAAGGGGCACAAGAAGAGGAAGAUGUUGAGGAUUAUGAAGAAUACGAAAUGAGGUUGAGAGAGCUGUACCAACCGCCUAUGACAAAUUUGGUCAAAACAUUACCAGAGACUCCAGAAUUCUUAAAAUAUUUGAUUCCUCAGCAGAUAAAUAUUUGGAUCGGUGCAGCUUCAACGAUUUACAACGAUGAUUCGGAUAACAGUUGGCUAUCAAAAUUUAACCCAAAUGAAGAAAAAUUAGGGUUAGGUAGAAACGUACCGGGAGGUGGAUCCUCAUCGGGUCUUCAUCAUGAUCAUGCUGACAAUUUGUACAUCCCAGUGUCAGGUCGUAAACGGUUCACUCUAUUUGCACCAAGUGAUGCAGCGAAAAUGUAUACCGUUGGUAAUAUUCGUGAGAUUUAUGCUUCAGGGGUAAUCGAUUACGUUCCUGAUUCGAAAGCACCAACUUGGAGACAGUUACGAGACGACGGUGCGAUCUUAGCACAUGUUUACAAUUACUUGCUUGAGAAUCCUGAUGAUCAUAAACUAAAUGAUCAGGAAAUAGCAGAAUUUAGAAAGUUCAUUGAAUCUGAUGAAAUGCAAGCAGAGAAAGAACCGCCUUCGGGACUCGAUCCGCCCUCAUUUUCUGAGAUACCGCCAAGCGUUGUUCAUACCGAUAAGAUUAAGAAUAAAAAAAUUCGAGAUCAAAUUCUAAAAAUUAGCAGUGAGAAAUGGCCCUUAUUCCAAUCUGCUAAUAGAUUAACAGUUGAACUAGAACCCGGUGAAAUGCUUUACUUACCAACAGGUUGGUUUCACGAAGUUACCUCAUUUGGGGAUUCAUCCAAGAGUAAUGAUGUUCACGUUGCUGUAAACUACUGGUUUGUACCACCAACGGGGCAUCAAAUUGAUGCAGUAUACGAUCACAAGGAUGGCUACUGGCCGAAGGAUUACGAAUUGACCAAGAAAGCCCUUGAUUGGGCUCGUACCGAGGAUGAUGAUGAUGAUGAUGAGGAAGAAUGA